CCGGACACCAUCAAGACUCCCCUGCCUUUGCCCGCCUACAAUCCUCCAAAGUCGCCCGCCCUGCCCAAGCUCGACGACGACCCUCCCUCCUCUUGCGUCUGCCCGCAGUCACGCUCGGCGCCCCGCCAUCAACCCUGCACCCGUCACGUCCAGCUACUGAGCUGGCCCCAACAUCAUGGACUACGAGGCCUUAAAAGAGCAAUGGAGCGACAUUGAGGACCAGGAUGGUGUGAGGCUCAGUUGGAACACCUUCCCCAGCUCGCGCAUGGAAGCUUCCCGCCUCGUUGUUCCCAUCGGAGCUCUUUACACCCCUUUGAAGGAAAAGCCGGAUACGCCACUGCUCCAGUAUGAGCCGGUCUCUUGCAAAGCGCCCUGCAGGGCCGUCCUCAACCCCUUCUGUCAAGUCGACAUGCGCGCUAGGAUAUGGAUAUGCCCGUUCUGUCUCCAGCGCAAUGGUCUUCCCCCCCACUACAAGGACAUCUCCGACCAGGCGAUACCCCCGGAGCUCCACCCGCAAAACACCACCAUCGAGUACAGGCUGGCGCGGCCCGCUCCUUCUCCUCCGAUUUUCGUCUUCGUCGUGGAUACUUGCCAAGAGGAGGAUAGCUUGAAGGCGCUGAAGGAUUCGAUCAUUAUGAGCUUGAGCCUGCUCCCGCCGUGGGCUCUUGUCGGUCUCAUCACAUUUGGCACGACGACCCAAGUCCAUGAGCUCGGCUACACCGAAUGCGCCAAGUCUUACGUCUUCCGCGGUAGCAAGGAGUACACCGCGAAGCAGGUCCAGGAAAUGCUUGGUCUUAUGGCCGCCGGUUUGAGGCCAGGCAUGCAGCCCCAGCCGGGCCGCGCUCUUCCUCCCAUGGGCCCCGCUGCUCGUUUCCUGCUUCCCGUUCAGCAGUGCGAGUUCCAGUUGACCAACGUCCUUGAGCAGCUGCAAAAGGACCCUUGGCCCGUUGCGAAUGACAAGCGUGCGUUGCGCUGCACUGGUGUUGCUCUCAGCGUUGCUGUUGGCCUUCUCGAAACCUCUUUCCAAAACUCCGGUGCCAGGGUUAUGCUUUUCACUGGUGGCCCUGCCACUGAAGGCCCUGGUAUGGUUGUCGGUCCUGAACUUAGGGAGCCUAUUCGUUCGCACCACGACAUUGACCGUGACAACAUCAAAUACUACAAGAAGGCGCUCAAGUUCUACGAUGCCCUCGCUAAGAGGACCGCUCACAACGGCCACAUUAUUGAUAUCUUCGCUGGCUGUCUGGACCAAGUUGGUCUUCUCGAAAUGAAGGGCCUCGCCAACUCUACCGGUGGUCACAUGAUUCUGACUGACAGCUUUACUUCCUCCAUGUACAAGCAGUCUUUCGCUCGUGUCUUCGAUAAGGAUGCCGACGACAACCUUCUGAUGGGCUUCAACGCAUCUCUUGAGGUCCUGACCACCAAGGAACUCAAGGUCACCGGUCUGAUUGGCCACGCUGUUUCGAUGAACAAAAAGUCCGCUUCCGUAGGCGAGACCGAAUGCGGUAUCGGCAACACUUGCUCGUGGAAGAUGUGCGGUAUCGACCCUAGCUCCAGCUACGGCAUCUACUUUGAGAUUGCCAGCCAGGGUGGCCCCAACCAGAUGCAACAGGGCCCCCAGAAGGGAAUGAUGCAAUUCUUGACCUACUACCAGCACUCUGCUGGCCAAUACCAUCUCAGAGUUACCACUGUAGCACGGAACCUCAGCGGUCCCUCUGGGGACCCUGCCAUCGCUCAGUCCUUCGAUCAGGAAGCCGCCGCUGUUUUGAUGUCGAGAAUAGCAGUUUUCAAGUCGGAAGUGGAUGAUGGACCGGACGUUCUGCGCUGGGUUGACCGCAUGCUCAUCAGGCUUUGCUCCCGCUUUGCCGAGUACCGGAAAGAUGACCCCUCUUCCUUCAGGCUUGAAAAGAACUUUACCUUAUACCCCCAGUUCAUGUUCCACCUUCGUCGCUCUCAGUUCCUUCAAGUCUUCAACAACUCUCCCGAUGAGACUGCUUUCUACCGUCACGUCUUGAACCACGAGGAUGUCAGCAACUCUCUCAUUAUGAUCCAGCCUACCCUUGACUCUUACGGCUUUGAUCAUGAGGGUGGUCAGCCUGUGCUGCUCGACUCAACUUCCAUCCAGGCCGAGACUGUCUUGUUGCUCGACACCUUCUUCCACAUUCUUAUUUUCCACGGUGAGACGAUGGCGGAGUGGAGGAAGGCUGGUUACCAGGACCAGGAGGGUUACGAGAACUUCAGGGCUCUGCUGGAGGCGCCAAAGGAGGACGCAAAGGAACUCAUCCAGGACCGGUUCCCUCUUCCUCGUUUCAUUGUCUGUGACGCUGGUGGAUCCCAGGCUCGUUUCUUGCUGUCGAAGCUGAACCCCUCUACGACGCACACGACUGGCUCGUAUGGCGGUGUUGCCCAGACUGCUCAAACCAUCUUCACGGACGACGUCUCGCUGCAGACAUUCAUGGAUCACUUGAUGAAGCUUGCUGUAUCCGGUACUGGUUAAACGUUGGUUUAGAUUAUGCGCUAUGUGGGAAACGGAUCACUCACGACAUAGCUUUCUCGAGGCGGGUGGACAGCGCGGCCCUCUUAGAUGAGGCGGCGACUGUUGGUGCAUUGUGUCUCAUUAGCGAGCU